GCAAAAAAAUCGACUAUCACACAAAUUGCAAAGCCAUCGUCUAACGUCAAAUGUCAAAUUUGUCAAUACAUACUCCUGUCAAAAAAGCUCGAUAAAUAUGGUGUUUGAUUUUGUUUGAAUACUAUACUAUAAUAAAUUGUAGCGGUAUUCACAAAUAUUUAAAGUUUAAUUAUAAAAUAAUACUUAUCUACAAUGUCGCUAGUAGUUCAAAUGGACGGAUUACCGGCUAAUGCUGAUGCAAACGCAGUGGUGCUUGCAGUAAGGAAAAUAUUACAAAAACUGAAAAUAAGGUUUUGGGUGCACGAUUUUGGAUUUUCUCCAGAAACAAACACAAAGAAGUGUAAAAUUGAAUUUUUUGCAAAACAUGAAGCCACUAAAGCCAUAGACAAGAUUACGAGCAAACCACAAACAAUCAUAGGAGUACCAUGCAAUUUGAAAAUAACAUUUAUCUCCGACAUAGACAAAGGUGAAAAAAAAGGAGAUCCGGAAAGCCGAAGAGAUAGAUCAAGGAGUCCGAUAAGUAAAGAGGAAGCUAACAUUAAUAAAGAGCUGGAGCAAUUAAAGAAAGAAAAAGAAGAAUUGGAAAAGAGAAAAAGUGAGUUGCUGAAGAAGAAAAUGAAUAUUGACCAGAAGGAGACGAAAGAAGACACCGCUUCAAAAGACAUGAUGAAACAUACAAAAAUACAACACACAAUCUUACCAAAAUGCACAGCAGCAGAGAUUUCAAUCAUGGAACAAAUGAAGCCACUCGCAAGACCGUACAUACAGAAGCGGUACUACCAAACGUUCAUGCAACGUAUGCACGUGGAAAUAAGAACGAGAUUAGCUAUACUCAUGGAGACUGGUAGACUAAAGAAAACAUUGCCAAUUCAAGACAUAGUGAAGGCGUACAGGUGGAAGCAUCCAGAAGAGAAAGACCCUGAGAUGAUAGAAUAUAUAUUGUCACAGAUAAAGUUGGCUUUCUGGGCUUAUAGGGCGAAGAACAAAGAUGGCACCAACACAGAACCAUACGAAUAUGAUGAAAGUGAAGAGGAAGAUGAUGCUAGCAUUAAGGAAAAAGGUGACGUGACCAAUGACAAUCAAAUUGAUGGCACAACAAACACAGAAGAGACCACAAAUAAUGAAACAAAUGCUACAGAAACAGCAGAAGAUAAUGAAGAAAAUGACUAUGUGUAUGAAGAUAAUAACGAUUGGAUUGAAGAAGGGAAUGAGGUGGCAGAGGUUGCAUCUUGAAGUGGUUUGCGAGUUAAACAUCUUGCAGUUGAAUACAAAAAGGGAACCACUCUGUAUAUGUUGUGAAGUAUUUGAUGACAUAAAUUGGCUAGGAAAUAAAUAAAAUGACAACAAAUA